GCGUAGUUUUUUAAAUUUGUUGAUUCACUGCGAAAAUAACAUUUGUAGAGUAUAAAGUUUUAUGAGUCGUGAUUGUGACGGCCUGGAAACAAGUUUUCAUACAUAGUAUUGUGUUUCAAGAAGGAGAAAAGGCCAUACGUUUUAAAAGGCAUAUGAAAGUGACUGUACUGGCUUUUUUGAAGCAAAACUUACGACAGCUGAUCAUUUUAAAACCAAUGACGUUUCAAAUUUUUUGGAUGGCAUCGAUAUGCUGCCUUAACUCUAAAGUAAACUCGUUCACUCUCAACACGAGUUCUAAGAACUCACUUUUAACAAUUGUUAAAAGUGAACCACACAACUUUAAAAUUGGGGCUUCUUAUUGCACAAAUUUAAAAAUGAUGGUAACAGAUCAUACGAAGGAGCAAAUUUCUACUAUGUAUCAAAUGGCAAUCAGUGAUUCUUGGUUACUUGCAAAACAUGAUAUAACCAUAAAUUUAUCAACUUUUUCUCAGUGCAUGUGCCUUGGAGAUAUUUUUGACUCGUCUACCAAUGAACUUAUCGUUGCUGAUUUUAGUCAAUACUUCGAAAAUAUUCAUUCUAACUUAGGAGGUUUUGAAUUCAAAAUCAAGAUAUUUAAGGGGACUAAACUCAUCAAUGAAUUGCCAUACCUUGAAGCUCCUUCUGGAAUUAUUCCAUUUAAGUGUAAAGGGAACGACAAACAUUGUCUAGAUUUAGCUAUUGCUGCUGGACCAUUUAUUUAUGUCUACUGUAAAUUAUCAUCAUAUUAUAAAUACACUCUACCUUCAUUGGAACCUAAUUUGGAUGAACUCAAACUAUGGGAACAAGCUAGAGAGGGUAAUUUGACACCAGAGGAAUUACGUGAAAAACUUAAGCAGAUUGGAUCUGAAAUGCAUAAGCUAACUUCAAGAUCUAUACGGUAUCUACAAUUACCCGGCGACCUAUUACACGAAUUUUUCAACACUUAUCAAAUGAUUCCACUUCAAAAGCAAACUGUAGCAACGUGUUUGACUAAAAUGAGUAAACAACACAGUGGACCUAAUUCCUGGGACUGUUUAAUCGUUGGCACAGAAUCAUGUUUUGUUUAUAUUUACGAUUGUGUAUCACACAAUAAUUUAUGUGAGGUUGCGUUACCAUCUGUUCCAGUUCAUUUAAACGCAAUAGGAUCCUUCGAUAUUGACUAUCAUAUUUUAGUGACAUGUCGUAACGGAAUAAUUUACUCCAUAAAACGUGGAGAAGCCAACGCUAAGGUUUAUGUUGAAACUGGGUCACAGAUUAUCGGUUUACUUCGUACAGAAAAAGCUGUUAUAGUUGCUUGUAUGGAUCAAACAGUUAAAGGAUUUUCACUGGAGGGUCGACCAAUUUGGAGAGUAAGACAUUCGUGUGAAAUUUUAACAAUAACUCCAAUGAAUUUUAAUAGUUCAAACAAUAGAAAUCAUGAAAUUUAUUAUAUCAUAUGUUUAUCAGAUGGUUCAGUCCAGAUCUACUGUGAUCAACAUUUAUGUGACAAAUGCAUCAUAUGGGUUCCUUCUACUCAGAAUACUAGCCCUGAGGAUAAUAAUAGUAAUCCUCCAAACAAUAUUACAUCUGGUAAUUCAGGUACUAUUAAGGUGACAGAAACUGAACAGAACAACAAUCAAUCACGUAAACUAAUUGGUUAUCACUUAGCGAAACCUGAUCCAAUUGUCGCUUGCUGUUUUGGGAAAUAUGACAGAGAAAUCAAUACACUAAUACUUGUAUCUCAAGCUGGGCACAUGUUAAUCUUAAUUGCUAAACGUACAGCUAAUUUUAUUCCGAUGGAUGUGAUUACCUCUCGUACAAUCGGUAAACUUGAUAAUUUGAAUAUCCCUAAAAAAUCAAAUUUAUAUAUGGAUUUAACAACUCGUGAACAAUUAAAUGCACCGCAAAUGUAUCGUCAAUUUGUGAAUGAUUUACGCUUUGUAAAGCGAUCAAUUUCAUCCACCUUUCUUAAUAUGUUAGAAAAUCAUUCUAAUCCUAUUCCGAUUUCUGGUUAUGGUGAACAAAUUAAAUUAAAUGUCCAGGUUCAGGGUCUUGGACCUGAAUUUAAUUUGAUUUGUGAGAUAGUUCAAAUAAAAAGCAAUACAAUGUCAACUUUGAAGGGUUUGUAUAUUUUAAUAUUAUUCAAUGCUUCAGUUUAUCAAGUGAAUCCGGUUUUGAUUCCAUUGGCUACAAUUUAUCCUUGUUUCAAAUACCGUUACACUUCUUCCAUCACUUUGAUUCAUGAAACAUUAAAUGAAGAAGAAAUAAAGGUUCUUGUUAUCAAUAAGCAAAGUUCUAAUCCAAUAAUUUCUUCUUCAGUGAAAAUGCCAAUCAGUGAACUAUCGAUGGGAUAA